AUGGAUGCAAAUAUAACUAACAACACUCCAUCCACUACGGCUAAUGGGGAUGUUCCACUAUCUAUGAAAUUCUUACACAAACCAAGACGAUCAGUGGAUUUAUAUAUCAAAUCUAAUGAUCAAACAAAACUAAACAGUAAAUUAAAUGCUCAACCAAUCAAUGUCGAUACCACCAAUACAAACACUUCACCAACAUCAUCUGAUUAUUUCAAUAUAACUUCUUCAACAACUUCUCCCCCUCCGGAAUUGGAGGAUUAUAAAUUGGUACGCAAAAAGUCAGGUGAAUUGGUUAAACCUUCAUUAAAAAGUCCCACUUAUUAUUAUAAGAAAAGAUCAAUGUCAUUGCCUUCAACUCCAACUUAUAAACAAGUCCAUUUUGGUGGCUCAAAUGAUGUCAAGUAUUUCCAUAAAAAGGAUAGACCAACUGCUAUUUCCGCAUCUAAUUCCCCAAGAUUACUUGCUGCUGAUCACUCACCUUCAUUAUCUUCAUCUUCAACCGAUGAGGAUGAGGAGGAUGAUGAGGAUGAUUAUUGUGAUAAUGGUCGUUCGUCUACAUUUUAUGAUGAUGUUGAUAAUGAUUACUCUUGUGAAAGUCAAGAUUCUUGUGAUGAUUCAGAUAUUUCUGAUGGUGAAAAUUUUGCAGGUCCAAAAAGUUCCAGAGGUUCCAAGAGCUCUUCAAGAUUUCACAAACCUUCAUUUGAUUGGGAAUUGAAAUUGACCAAUUUUGCUCCGUUAUCAUAUCUAAGAAAGAUUGAAGGUGGAACACCUGUUUUUUUGGAAAAGAUGUUUAUUUCAAGUGAUAAAAGAUAUUUAUUGGGUUAUAUUGCAGUUAAAAAUAUGGCAUUUGAAAAGCAUUUAACUGUACGUUAUUCUUUAGAUCAAUGGUUAACUAUAGUUGAAAUCCCUACCAUUUAUUUAGGAGAAAGACCUGAAGUUUUAAAAUUAAAUGAUUAUGAUAGAUUUAUGUUUAAAAUUCCUUUGAAUAACUUGUUUAAUAGUUUAAAGUUUUCCAAGAAUAGUUCAACGGAUUCAUUAGAUAAUUAUCAGGAAGUUCAUGAAAGAACUUAUCAAAUGUGUAUUAAAUAUGAUACAGAUAAUAAGGAAUUUUGGGAUAAUAAUAGUUAUAAGAAUUAUGAGGUCAAAUUAAAGAGAUUUUUGCAUCAUCAUCCACAUCACAACCACCAUCACCAUCUUCAUCCUCAAACAAUUGGUACUCAAAUUCAAGAUCAUGCAAAGAAACCAAGAUAUUCCAAUUCAUAUCUUAAAAGAGUUGCCUCUGAUUCUGAUAUAGAAUCAUUAAUGAAAUCGGCAGAAUCCUCAACAGAAGCUGAAUCAUCAAAUGACCAAAAUAAUAAAGAUGAAGAUAAUUUGAGUAAUCCUUCAGAAAUCAGUGAUUUUGUCAAGAACAAUUAUUAUUUAUCAUCACCUUUAUUGUCUUCAAUAUAUAAGAAUCCCGAUGUCACUGAUGAUUAUUUCACAAGUUCAUGUAUUGCAUCAAAUAGAAAUGGUAGUGGCAAUAAUAAUAAUAAUAAAGCUAAUGAAAGUCAAGCUAAAUAUAAGACCAAGUUUCAACCUCAUUUAUCGAAAUUGGAUACCUCAGAUUUUAAUAGAAAUUUCGUGGAUGAUAAUUUGAGACAACCAAGAUCUACUACUACUACUGCAUCAAAGAAUAAUAAUAAUAAUAAUGAUAAUAAUAAUAGUAAGAACGCAACUCGUACCAAUAAAUCAACAACUUCUAAAACUACCAAUUCAGCAACAAGUUCAGUUGGACCAUCAAUUACUGGAGUUUCUAAUCGUAACAAGUUUCUUAAUUCCAAGAGUUAUAAAGAAUUGUUGGAGAAUUAUUGUUUCUUUUCAUCUGAUAAUCAAGAGGUUGAUCCAAUUGAUUCAACAAAUAGAAAUAAUUCAACCAGUAGUUCAAGUAGUAGUUCAUCUGAAGAAACUGAGAAAAUCACAAGAAAUGGUUCAUUUACUGUUUCUUCAUUUUUGGGUACUUAA